UAAGAAACAAAUCCUUCCCCAAAUUUGAUGCAUGCAGUCGGAUGUUUGAGGACAAUGUGCAACUGGCUCCACCAGAGCUCUCACAGCAUUACACAAAAAGUUGUGUCAUUUGAAUGUAUUCCCCAAAACGCAACCUAAGAUGCCAAUUUCUCCUCCGAUAGCCAAUACAUGAUGAGCACCAUGGCUGAAUUACGAAUAUAAUCUCAUAUUACUGUUUGUGUUUGUCGCCACCAUUGUUUUCAAUGAUUUCUCGUGUGAACAAGCUUAUUCAAUUGUGAAGUAGUGGGAAAUAGCAAUACAGUAGGACAAAAGUCCUUUAAAUUGGAAGUGAGACUAAUAUGAAGACUUAUGUGAAAAUAAGCAUGUGAAACAUUUACAUAUUAACUAUUUUUUAAUGUGUGGCAAUUAAUUCUUCAACACUAACCUCAUAAUAACAUAAACCAGAAAAAUUGUAGGAAUUCUGUGAUGGAGAGAGUCAUGUGAUCAUGAUCAUUUCUUGCGAGUUAUACUAAUAGUUACGACUACUAAUUGGUGGCAGCGACCACCAAGCCAUGUAGUGGCCAUCAGUAGCAACAUGCUGCAGGUAUUUCUCAGGUUGUAACAGUAAUGAUCAGCCUACUUUUCAAUGUGAAGUCAGAACUCUUAUGUUGACACAAGUUAUUUCACUGACAUCACUUGUUAGUGGUUGCUUUGGUUUGAAGUUGAAUCACAUGCCAUCUGUAAAAGCAAGGGAGUGGUUUCCUCAUGCUGGCUUUGAUGUACAUGGUCAAGCAAAAAAAAAAGACUGAGUGAAAAACCGUCCUUGUGUGGAGAGUGCCUGAAUCUAGAGUGCUUAUUAGGACAACCUCUCCCUCAAGAUUUCUCCUCAAAGGAAAUCCAUGUUCAAAGACAACAGAAAGAUCCCUUGGUGUUGGUAAGAAAGCACAAGCACUUGUUUGUUCAUGAGUGCAGUGUUGGUUUCAAAAUUUUUAAAUUAAUGUGGCGCUAUAAAAAGUCAUACUGUUGAUGCUUCUUGGGCAUUUAACAAGUAAAGGCUUUAUUGUCGCAUGUUUGCUUUUCAAGCAUUGAGACGAUUCGUCAAUGUAGCAAAACUAAUCUAAAUCCCUACAACCCCAUAAUAAUUGAGAUGAGCUUGUUUUUUUUUUCAUUCUAUUCUUUCUUAACUGCAGUAAGGGUUGUAAGUGGCAACAGGUGGAAGCAUGUGUUGAGUGACACUCGCUCUUGACUGAAAUGUGUAUGUUUACAUUAUAUUUAAACUAUAUAUCCACACAGUAUUGUCUAGGCAUACCUCUCCACUGACACAAAUGAUAACUGCCUUACUCUUUCUAUCUGAUCUCAAAAAGGAUCUUUCCUCAAGACACAAAAAUACAAAAAUAGUGUAUUAAUUAUUCUGGUUUCACAUAAUGCAAUUUGGGUAAAAUGUGUUUGUGUGUUAGUGAAGGGGUAUAAAGCUCUGCUGAGAAGGAGCUGCUGUUCUGUCUUUCAGGAAAGUUUAAGAACCUCAACAGACAAUCCUGAUGCUAUAAAAACCGUUUUAUCAUUGCACAUGUUUUGCUUCUUGGAAACAACUAUAUAUAAAAGUUAUAUGACAGUUAUAUAAACUCAUCAUCCCCUUCACUGCUAGUCAUUCUAAUUUUAAUAUAAAUUUAUUUGUGCCCUUCUGUAAUGUGGAAAACUAUGGUAUUAUGCAACCUUUUAUAGAGUCUGCUUAAACUACUGUGUGACCAUCUAUCACACUAGAACAGAUGUCUCCAAUCUGACAAAAAAAUGCUGUAAGAAAAGCCCUCCUGUUCAAAGGUAUAAUCUUAAUACUCAUGCAUGUUGGGCUACAAAUAAAUUUUUAACAGGCUUAACUCUUGCGCUUUCAACUACAAAAACCAUUUUGGCUUGAGUGUUGCUUCCCAAAGGCACUUCAAAAAGUAUUUAUGCAUUUUUUUCCCCCCCGUUCCAUUGUAUUAUUUCUUUCAGGUAUCAUCUUCAACUUUCAAGACAGAUAUUGCUCAAGCCCCAAAACACAACAAUGUUGAUAUGGGACAAAUUCAGGGCAUGCAAGCAGAGACACUUUUGUUGACACAUGAUUCAAACACAGCAAUGACAACAUCUCACGAUGAACCUGUGUGGGACGUAGUGAACACUGAAUAUGACAUUACAUCGACCAGCCAAAGUAGCUUUCCACAGGGAAAAUAUGAAUAUAAUGAGUCAGACUCUGAGACUCUAGAAUCACAAGAAAACUGUGGUUCUGUACUUAACAUCAAGUCCUCAAACUCUAGCCCAACAUCACAGAAAUGUGGAUCUCCUCAACUUGAUCAGAUGUUUUCUGAUUUGAAGGAAAUGAAACUGAAGUUAUCACCAGAAAAACUUGAUUCAUAUGCAUCUGAGUCCUCUGAUAGCAGCCCCGAGGAGAAAGAAGCUUACACAUAUGCAGAACUUUCACCUGAAGAGGAAUACCCUACUGAAAAUAUAAAUAAAGUCGGUGUGUUUCCUGUUCCGCAGCUUACAGAAGGUAUUGUAAAUGUAGGACAAUGUCUUGAUACAAAACAUGCAUCUGAGUCAGACUCUGACAUUCAUCAAGAAUCGAAUUCAUCAAUCCCUGAAGUCCAUCAAAAAUUUGGUGAGGAAACUCAACAACAAAGCUUUGGACACUUUCAGUCUUGCCAAAGUAUUCAGAGUCAUACUGAAACAUUUUCUUCUCCGAGAGACACACUUGAGAAAAAUCUGAAUGAGUUCAACAGGAAAAACCUCAUGACAAACACCUAUUCAAAUUGCGAAGGACAAUGCCUACCUUCACAGUCUUUAGAGUCGAGGGGCACAACAGAAGAAGCCUCUGCCGAGACUAACCAAGAUCAGCGUUUAUGGGAGGGAACCUCCACUAAAGCCAUAUCUACCCAGCCUGUGUCUGAUUUUACUCCUGACAUAGCUACAGCUUCGAGACAUUUCAGCUUUGAUGAGCUGAUACCUUACCCCUCUUCCAGGAGUGUAGAAAAACUUUCUGAUGAAUAUUUUGCCCCUGAAUCUCCUAUAUUCAAACUCAAAACUGAAACUUCCUCAUCAGGGUCUGAUGAGGAGUACACCAACCCACUAGAAGCUGCAGAGAUCUCCUCUGCUUCGGGGACCUAUGCCAGGACCCCUCUCAGAAUUGCUGAUGGGACACAGUGCAGAAUGGACAGUCCAAACCUGGAAUACUCUGACAUGGAGUCUUUUUUCGACUGCAAACAAGUAGUGUCGGAUUUGUCAGAGAAUGAAUUUGAUGCGCCUGAGACAGCUGUUAGUGCAGAUCCAGCUCAGCAUCAGUUCGACACAGGGACACAGGAAAAAGCAAAGCAAAAAAUGCUCCCGUCUUCUGGAAGUGAAGAUUAUGAAGACGCUCUUUUGGUUCAUGAGUCGUACAAUCAGGAACUUGAAGAGAGCAGAGAAUCACUACAUCACUCAGAGACAUCAGAUGAAGAAUUCUCUCUGUGCAAAACUUCUCUACCUUCUGGAACUUACUGUACUGAUAAGUCUCUGCAAAGGGAGCUCUCUGCAGAAUUUGGAUCAAUAUCAGAAAGUUCAGAUGAGGAGUUUCUGACCACCAGAAUAAUACGAAGGAGAAUUUUCAUCAAGGAUGAUGAACUAGCUCACCUCCCUGCUCAGUCCGUGACUGAAGAAAAGUACCGAGAUGAAAAUGGGCAUUUAGUUGUCAAAAGGGUUACACGAAAAGUAAUCCGCAAGUGUGCUUCUGUGGAUGGUGAAGAGAUACCGUCAGAAGGAGCUUCUCAGGACUCUUUGACUGUAGCAGACAAAGACGGUUAUUCCAGGACGGCAAAGCGGACCGUACUAAAAAGUGUUGGAGACCACACAGAGGUCACAUUUUUAAAAAGUGAAGGCUUCCUGUCAUCCAGGCAAGAAGAAAUUGAUUCAGAAAAGAAAACUGUGGUUGAGGAGGAACGGACAGCAACUUCCCAGGGAGAUCCAUCUUCGGCCUCAAAGCUCCCAUCAGCUCAAAAUUAUUCCAAACAGGGCCCACAUGCGUAAAGGUUCAACCCACAAACAGUGGUGGAAGGAUCCGUGCAGCACGAAGACGUCCUCAUUUCGCAAUUGGAGGACCCAGGAGAAGAUCAGUUGCCUGUGAUCAAUAGUAGCAACUCCACCAGGUUUUUAGCUGCUGCCAUGAAAAUGAGGACAAAAGACAAAACAGAGGUGGAAGAGCAACUGAAUGACUAACUCUCUCCCCAGAUCCCCAGCUCUCUCCACACUAAAGUCCCUGCUAAUCCUAUGCAUUAGCCACAUGCAAUCCCAGUGUGCACCUCAGAGACACCACAGUCUUCCCAUUUCAGUCCUGGAAGAUGAAUUUUUGUUUUCCAAAUUUUUUUUUCUCUUUUUUUUCACGUUAUCAAACCAUGAUUUUUUUUUGAUUUUUUUUACAUUAUUUUCUGAAGUUGCUUUGCCUUUUUAUGACCAAAGAAAGCCUUCUGUUGUUUCCUUAUUGAGUUAUUCUUAAUGUCUGGGUUGUUGUAGUUUUGCUUUAAACACAUGGAAGAGCAACAGGAAAACAGACGAUAAAAACAGAGGAAUACAGUCCAAGGUAAAGAACAACUUACCUUACAAUAAAUUCAGCUACUGAUGUCUUCGUAGGGGUUCAGAAUUAAACAAAAUAUAUAUAUAUAUAUAUAAUUUACAUCACUCUGGUCCUAACAUGCUUCUUUCACCAACAGCUCGAGUCCUUUUCAUUUUUUUUUUCCUUGACUCAGGUGGUCAGGAUGUCACAAACAGAAAAACGGACUGUGCUGACACAAAAUGUAACUGCUGCUGUCGUGUUUCGUGUAGACUAUGUGUACUCUCGUCUUUAGUAGCCAGAAACAUAUAUUAUCUAUUAUAUGAAAAUAGCUGACAUCUGUAGCCUAGGAAUUAAUAAUCACUCACGUGAAGUAAAACUGGCAUGGCUAAUCAACACGUGUCAGUGAGAUCCCGGCUUUGACUGCUUUUGCCGCUCUGUGGAUUGUCUUUCAGACUUCUUUUCCUUUCCUCAGUGUGUCUUUUUGUGUGUAAUUACAUUUGUUCCUCGGCUUUCUGAUCUUGACUCAUGAGCUAUGGAUGAUGAAUGUGUGCCGAUCAAGCUGCAGCAGUGGUGACUGGUUUCACUAGAGUUUUGCAAGCAUCACCACUUCAAAAGCUAUUUAAAUUUCAGGUAUCCAUCAGGAAAAGAGAAACAUUCACACGUUUCUGUGGAGCAUAACCAGGUAUUUGCAGAACCAUUUAAUGUAAAAAGCUUUAUUAGCUCUUUUUUUUUUUUUUUUUCUUUUUCAUUGAGAAAAUAUUUAAUUGAGUGGAUGAGUGUGUGCUUGUUUAUUUUACAUAAAUCGCUUUUGCACUCCUGAAUGUCAGGUGGGAACCCCUCCACGCUUUUUGUGCACAGGCCAUAAGGGAACAGUAAAUGGGCAGUUUCGUUGCAGAGGGUUGCGGGUUGUGGAGGACGAUGCGAUGACACAAGAUGGCUGAACGGUGUCACUGUGCUUACCUGGGACAUGUAUAUCACUCUCACUGUUUACGUUGUGAUUUAAAGAAAACAUGCAAAAUAGUGGAAGUUCACUGUGACAGGUUUGCUUUUAGUUUACUGAAACAGCAUUGUUUUUUGAUGACAGUUAUGUGCAUAUACAGCUCAUAAUUAUAUAAUUAUCUACAAGGGCAUGAAUUAUUGUAUUAAAUUUCAAACGGACUAAAAGUAAAUGGCUGCAGUGUAUCUAUGACUGGUAGAAAAUAAAAACCUACAACCA